AACGUACGACUACUAUUUAGCAAACGCUUUCAAACGCAGGACAAAAUUUUGGUUAUUUUGUGUUUUUGGUUAUCACAGUUCAACACACAAAGAAUAAAAUCAAACAUUUCAAAUUCUAGGUUUAAAGUGAGCGUUUUAUUCGGAUUUUGGCACAUAGAGGGAGACGCACACCCGAGUACCGGAAGUACAGCGAUUAAGGCGGGGCGGGGUUCGUUGUGACGUCACACAAACGGAAAUUGAGCUCGAAGGACGUGUUGAGCUUCACCGCCAAAUUCAAACAACUGCUGACUCCGAGGGAAGAACAGCUUUGUCUUACACAUCACCUGUUUCUUUCAGACUGAAUGGCAUCUUCGGUGAUGGACGGAGUUGGUCGAGCUAUGGUGGGAGUCUGGCGGGCGCACACGACCCUGGAUGAGUCGGAUGGCGCAGAGAGUUCUCCCGAGGCCCCCGAACGUUUCCGCAAGCUCCGCUCCUCGUCAUCUCUCAAUUCCCUGCGCAUGUCCCUGCGGAAGCGUCUCCCGUUGCGCACCGUCCAGGCAAACUCCCUCUCUGGGAACCCGGAGACCAGCACCGGGCCUGUGAAGGAGCAUCCCAAAGUCAGCACGGUCCGGAAGAUGAGCCGCAGUGCUCGGAACUCCAUCACUGGAGUGUAUCAGAGGUUGCAGAGGACCAGAGAGUUCUCCCGUGAGGAGUGUUUGGUGGCUACACCAGGUGGCAUCUGCGAAGGGGAGGAGCCCGCCUCAUCACCUUCACACAUGCCUGGCCGGACGCCAAGACGUACCCCCAGGUCAGCAACCACACCCGCCCGCACCCCGGGCUCCAGAGGGAGGAGGACUCCUGACGCCAGCGUGCGUGGGGUGAAACACGGAGGAGGCAGGAGGCAGCUGGUUCGCAUGGCGGCGUUGCGAAGUCCCUUUGCAUCCCCGAACACACAGAACCAGAGGCUGAAGUUUGACCGAGACCUAGAGUCUGUGUCAAGUGGACUGAGAAGGCUCAAACACCUCUCCAAGGCCUUGGAUGAUCUCAUUGGAGGAGACGACAAGUCCAAAGCAAAGGAAAACUACGGCGGCACGGUGAUGAGGAAGUUGGACCCCAGCGGUAAACUCAGCUGCUCUAAUCUGAGCCGCCGAGCCUCGCGGAUGUCGGAGCGCCUCGGCGGGUGGGCCCACAUGGCUGCGAGCGCCGUACGCAAAUGAGCCCAAUUUAACGUGUUUGUAUGCAACAUAAAGGACCUUUUUGUAGCCAAAUGAAGGCGUCACCUUGUUUAGAUGUAGAAAACAUUGAGUAGUGAUGCUGGGGACACUGUUACAGCUUCUUUGUUUCCUUUCUUGUGUAUAUUUAGCAGUGUUAUUGUUUGUUUACGCUCCAAGUGUUAGCUAAUUAUGGGUAGAUUCUCCUCAGUGUAGCUAUACCAAAGGUGUACUUCUUUGUGACUGCUGCUACAACCAAAUGUAUCAGUUACAUUUCUCGGAACAUUGGUUUAGAUAACAACUCAUUUGUACUUUUGUCUCUGGGAUUGACUUUAACGUGAAACACCAAAACUGUAUUUGUAGGGCUAACACUAACACGUACAGGGAUGUAUUUCCCUCUUUGUAAUACAUAUGCAAUAAUAUUUUAUUCACUUGUUUUACACUUUAUUGUGUGUGUUUUCCAUAUGAAUGUGCCUUUUUUAUACCCUUUUUUAAUGUGAUUUUUCUACAUUCCGUGUCUUGCUGAGAUUGAUGUGGGCACUUACAAUGUGACCUUUUUGUGAUUUGUGUUUUCAUGUACAGAAACCACUUAAUGUGAUAGUUAUGUAAUGGCUCAUUGUCUACUGGUGAUAUAAAGAGGUUGAUGGUGUACAGUAGUGGGACUCGCCAACUCGGGCCCAUGAAUGACAUUAAAGUGGCCCUUGAAUUCAGUACAAUCUUGGUAGCAGCUAAACAUUUCAGCACCAGAGCAUUCUUGUAUUAUUGUUAAUAAAUUUUUACCCCAAUCUCAU